AUGUUUGAGAACGCCAGCGCUGGCACGGCACCCGCGCCACGGGCACAGCACGUCCCUGCCGCGGCGGGCACCCUGCCCCAGCCCUGCCGGCCCGCUGGCAGCCAGCACCUCCGCAACCUGGGCAAGGCCGUGGGCGCCAAGGUGAACGACCUCCUGCGCCGCAGGGAGCCGGCCGGCCUGCCCGCCGUGGGAGCCAUGGAGGUGAACACCAGCGCGGGCGCCGUGCUGGGCACGGGACAGCCGGCCGCUGAGCACGGGGCUGUGGGACUGGAGGCCUUUCCCCGGCUGGAGCCCCCGCCCCCCAUCACCAAGAAGCGGACACCGCGUGCCCUGAAGACCCCCCAGGACAUGCUCAUUGCUCCGCAGCCGGAGGGGACCAGCACGAGGGGUGGCACCGAGGAGCCUCCCGAACCACCCCCAGCUCACCCUGAGCCCACAGAGGAGCAGUCGGGGAUGGGGGACCCGUCUCCUCCAGCAUGCCCUGGUGUCCUCAGUGUGACAGGUGCCCUAGAGCCCAGCGGGGACCAGCCUACCAGUGCCCUACCCGUGCCCGACCUCAUCCAUAAGGGCAGCCAGGAGAACCAGUGGCAAGUGGGUGAGAGGGCCACUGAGAUGUCAGCCAGCACAGAGAAGCCCUCACGGAGACAGGGGCUGGAGCACGAGCCACCAGGGAGCACAGGGCGGCCAGAGCCACGUGCCUCUGGCUGGGAGGUGGAGGGGGCCCAUCCCGACCUACUGUCCUUUGAGUAG